UUACUACGCGUGUUGACAGUUCCACACCUGUUUCAGAAGACCUGUUGAUAAAACAAUUUCGUGAAUAUGUUGCCUGUUUCUUUUCGUGGUCUAUUUUUUAUAAGUAAAAAACAGACGGAUAAAUUAAAACAAUGACUAAUUUAAAGUGAAAUUGCAUGAUUAGAUAUAAGUUCGAAAGUACCAGGAAAGUAAUGUAAACAAAGUGUAAUGGCUCUUAAAUGCAGAAAGUUUGAACCAAAUAUAUUCAACAAACUUAAAUGUCAGAGCUGUUUUGGAGCAAAGGAACAUCAUUCUGCAGAGGCUCUUCAAAAUAAUAAGGCUUCCAGAAAAGUUUCCAAGUGUGGAUACCUGUUUGUUGCUCCCGAUUAUGAUUUUAAUAAUCCAUUAGACAAAUCUAGGAGAUGGCAGCGUAGAUUAUUUCGAUUGUAUGAUGAUGGAGAACUGUCAUACUAUGUGGAUGAAGAUCCUGACACUAUACCCCAACAGAUAGUAGAUAUGAACAAAUGUACUGAAGUGAAGGAUGCAGAAAAACUUACAACCCAUCACUGUUCCUUAGCCGUCAUCACACCAGACAAGACAACUUACAUUAAAGCCAAUUCUAAGGAAGAAAUUAUGUGGUGGCAUGAUGCUCUUGUGGUGUAUCCUAGAAGUCUGCAGAAGCCAAAGAACAGACGAUUUACCAUGCCAAUCUUCAGUAGCAAAGACAAGAUAGCACCUUUGGAUAGUGGUAGAUUGUCAAGUGAAAGUACUGACAGUACAACUGUUACUACAGGCAGAUUUCAGGUAGAGAAAGUGAAACCAAAAGAAACUUUUGUUACAUACCGUGGUGUCAGAAAUAUGAAGCACAAGGGAGAUAAACACUUACAAGAUGGCCUACGUAAGAGUAGUAGUUUACAUGAUUUAUCAACAGAUGAGGUUGGAAUAGAUCUGGCUGCUUCACGGUAUCUCAGCAGGUCAGGAGAACAUUUAGAUAAGAUAAAUGGUGCUCAAGGAGUACUUAAUGAUCCAAAGGUUGUAAAUAAUCCAUACUUCACAUUACCAAGGAAUACUUGGCAAUCCCUAGCUAAUAAUAGUAGACAGACAGCUUCACAGCCUGCUUUGACACAGCCACUAGCACCACCUAGUAGUACAACAAAGAAACCAGAGGAGAGAUCAGGCAUCACACGACCAAAAAAUGCAAAUGAGAGGAACAGAUUACAUCGAGAGCGAUCAUCCAGUUUGAAAGAUUUCCAUUCACAGUUUACUCUUGCACCUGAUAAGGGUAAUAGGACAUCAUUAUCUGGUAUAGAUCGGUUGACAACACAUCCUGAUUCAGUUGACGGUGCCAGUGAUAGAAGCGGCGUUAGCAGUGUGUACUCAUCUAAAGACAAUGAAACAGAUGAACUAAAGAUGGCUAAAUCUAGCGAGUUACAGGCUGCAGGAAGAUCACAGUCAGCUUCAGCUUUGCAUCCUGCAGGUGCACAGGCUAGUGUAGGGACCAGAUAUGAGGUAACCUGUCAAAGAGAGAAACCAGGUCAUAAUAGGGAGCAAAUGGAAAUGUUGGAACUGGCCUGUGGUCUGCUUAUGUACAAAGUUAGAUAUUGUAAUGCAAGCAAACAAAAGGAUCUUAUGUACAUGAAGAAGGGCUGGUUGAUCAAACAAGGUACAUCAGAAAAGGAUUGGAAGAAGCAUUGGUUUGUCUUGACUGGAAAUUCUUUACGUUAUUAUAAAGAUGCCAAAGCAGAGGAAACAAAUUCAUUAGAUGGUCGAAUAGAUUUAUCUACAUGUUACGAUAUUGUUGAAGUCAGUAUUGGUAGGAAUUAUGGCUUUCGUAUAAAGACAAGAAAUGGAGAGUAUUUGUUGUCAGCAAUGACCUCUGGCAUUAGGAACAACUGGAUGAAAGCUGUUCGCCUUGUAAUGGAUUUACAAAACUCAAAUGUAAAAUCCGAGUCUAAAUCUUCUUCAACUGAUUCUUCUCGUCAAGGUUCAGAAGAAUUAGACCAGACUGCUAUCACCAAUAGACUUGGUACUUCAGCUUCUAGUGAUAGUAAACAAGACACUAAAAAGAAAGAAAGUUUCAAAAAUUCUCGGAGACAUCAUUCUGAUAUUAAUUUGGCUGUGAAUGUAGGACAAUUGUUAAAGGUGAAUGAAAGGAGUGAUAGUUUGGAAGGACUUGACUUAGGAAAUGUUCAGGUUCCAGAACAAUCUACUCUACCUAAGGAUAUAGCUGAUGCUGGUGAUGAACCAAAGCUUAGAAUGUCUGCUAGUGAAUCUGCUGUUGAUAGUCUUCCAUUAAAUAGAUUUGUAGAAGGUAGUGAAAACUCAACUCCAGUAUCCACAUCAACAACUUCUGUUGAUCCAACACGUCCUAAAAAGAGUGAGAGUAAGAAAGAAGAAGAUGAGAGGAAACAGCGAGCAAAAUCACCAAGUGCCAGAAUCAAGGACAAGACAAGGUCAAAAGCUCAAAAAAUAAGUUCUGAUGAUCUAAGAAUGGCUAUACCUGGAUCUGAUAAAGAUGAAACUAAAUACUCAAGUUCUGAUGGAGAUACAGGUGAUCAGGAAUCAUCUCAAGCUGAGACAUCUUACCAUUCUCUGAUGGAUGAUAACCUGACUGCUUCCUCUGGUGAUGGCAUGUUGGUGGAACUACUAGAAACUGAGGUUGAUUCCCUCAAGGAUCAGUUGGAUCAUACACAUGAGGAAAUAGUAAAAUUACAUGAGACAAACAUGGAUUUAAAGAAUCGAUUACAAACUGCAGUAAGGGAAAAGGACGUAACACAGCCUCAGACUGGGUUAGAAAGUCCCCUAAUACGUAGUAUGUACAACGAUCAAAAUCAAGAUUCUUCGCAGGUCACAACAAUGAGAAGACAAGUGAAGGAGGCAAGAGAAACAAUUCAGAAACAAAAACAAGAUAUAGAAACACUUCAGUCAAAACUUGCAAUGUCUACGUCAAAAUUAACUGGAACUGAAAAAGCUCUGUCGGAAGCACUGAAAGAACUGAAGCAGGAAAAAGAUAAAUUUAUGAAAUUAUCUAAUGACUGGAAUAGAAAGAUACGUAGUUUAGAAAACCAGUUAAAAGAAGUAAACGGUCAGUUCGAACGACAGAAAAACACCAUCACUUCCAAAGAAAAUGACAAUAAACGCCUCGAUAACGAAUUAAAAGCCAGCCAUGUAAGAUGUAAAGAGCUUGAAAGAGAAAUAAAAUCAUAUGAACUAGAAAAAAGAAGAUUGAAAGAUAAUUUAGAUGAUACCAACAGGAAAGUAACCUUAUUGAAAGAUGAAUUAAAAAUGAAAGAAGGAAAGCUUCAAGAGAUAGAAUCACAUUAUGAAAAUCAGAUUGCAGAGUUAGAGCAAGAAUUUGCACAGGAGAGAGAUGAUGUUGAACAACACAUGGAAGAUCUAAAGAAACAAUGGAUGGAAGCUCAACGUAAAACGGACGAAUCCGACUCUUUGACAAACAAUAUGGCUGACAUUAUAGGAGAAAAAGAUGAAAUUAUUAACCAGUUAGAAGAGAAAAUGAUAGAAUGUGACAAGAAAAUGUGUGAUAUCACUGAAGAUUACAAUUCAAAAGUACACGAACUGAAAAACUUACAAAGUUCUUCUAAAAAACUCAAGGAAGAAAAUAAAAAGCUAGAGAAGAAAUUGGAAGAUUUGGAAAAGUCAAAAUCUAAAAUUCAUACAGACAGAAGUAAGAUUGAAAGUGAAACUGAAUCAUACAAGAAACAAUAUGAGGAUGUUAAGAAAGAAAACAUAAGCUUAAUGGAAGAACUUGAAACUGAAAAGCAAUCGCUAUCAGACUUGAUUAAAGAAAAGGCAGAGCUUGAGCAUACAGUAAAUAGAUUAGAAAUGCAAGUACAGGAAACUCGUGGAAGGUCCAACGAUUCAACUUCAUCAGAUAAUUCCACCGUGAAAGAAAUGAUACAUAAUUUUAUCAUGAUUGAAUCUGAAAUGCAGGAGUUGACACAGUCUGUAGAGGAUAUACAGACAAUAUUUAGUGAUUAUCUUUGUGAUAAAGAAGAGGAAGACCAUGUUGAGUUAGUAGGUGUGGCUCAAAUGGUUGAUGAUGUUCAUAGUCAUUGCAACAAACUGUUAGAUAUUCUAAAGGAAGGAUCAAGAGAGUUGGGUAUGGAAUCUCCAGAGAAAGACUUGUCAUCCUCUGAAAUAAGUAGCAAAUUUCAAGAGGCAAUGUCACAAGUUAAAAAGUUAAAAUCUGAAUUGAAAGAUUCAUAUACUCAAUAUGAGUUGAUGAAAAAUAGUGAAAAAGAACUUACCACAAAACUACGCAACAUGGAAACCAGAUAUCAAGGGCAGAUUGAUGCCAUGGCAGUGAAGCUAGAAAAGUUAUAUAAUAAAUGUGAGAAAAAUGUCAAACAAAUGCCUAAACCACAACCAAAAACUACUGAAAAGGGUCGACAUUCCUUAGAAUUAUCAGAACAAAUUGAAGCACAAUUAAGUCAGCUAGAGGAGAAAAUUAACAUUGUGGAACAAGUUUUACCUAACAUUAGCAUACCAGCUUCUGAGGAGGACGAGGAUACAGGAAGUGAGAUAGAUGAAGAUUCUGAUAGUUUUGAAAGUUCAGAAGAAGAUGGAAGUGAAAGUGAUGAUGAAAGUGAACCUAGUGAUAUCUUAAGUAAAUUAAAACAAAUGAAGUCACAGUUAGAAAGGACCAACAAUAGAAUUCAGGAUUUGACAUGUGAUUUAAGUGAUCAAACAUUCAGUUCAGCUAAUGAUUCAGCAGCUGAUGGUGAUAGCCAGCAGCUUAGGUCAACGCUUCAGAAAUGUGGAGAAAAAAUCGAUAGUUUAACUACACGAUUUACAGAAAACGUUAGAAUGGCUAAAUCUGGUGUGGUACCAGGAAGUCUAGCUUCUGUUCAUAUGUUUAAAAAUUGUGUUAAAGAUGUGAAACAGAAAUUGAUGGACAUUAACAAAAUUGUUACAGAACAUGAAGUACUAGAUGCCAAAGGUCUGAAAGUUAUUAAUGAUAAAAUUUACAAGUUGUUUGAAUAUCUUGCUCCAUACCAAAGACUUCAAACUUCUGACUUUGAAAUAAUUGGUCAGGUUUUACAACAAAAAACAGUAUGCCAGUCUGCUCUUAUUGAUAAGGAACAUGCUGCCAAAAGAAAACAUUUAGGAUAUGAAGACAAACUCCAUGUUUAUGCUGACAGGUUGUCAGUUGAGGCCAUUGUAUUAGGGCAAAUGGCUUCAUUAAUACAGCAACACCAUGUGACCAAUUUAUAUCGGGACCAAUUAAUGAAUGAAAUAAACUCUCUUAAUCAAGUUCUUUAUGAAUUAAAAAAGAAAGUAGAUAGUGUAUCUCAAUCACCAACUAGUGGUAAUGUUGUGUCGAUGUAUGCUUCUGUACUUGCCGAGAAAAUCAUUCUAGAAGGUCAACUUGCAUCAUGUGCUGUAACUGAUGACCAUCACCCUACAGAUGAUACUGCCAUUUUGUCUUCACUUAACAUUUCUGACAAUCCUUCAAUUAUGGCUAUGGAAGUGUUUCUCCGUUCACAAGUGGAUUCCUCUGUGUACCGACAAUUACAACGAUCAGGAGAAUUAUUAGACAAUGCUACUGCUCAGGUAGUCACUCGGUUUCUGUUACAAGGGGAAAUCACUCAAGCUUUACAAAAAAUCAAAGAUAAAUAUAGAACUGAUACUGAACAUGAAAAGGUUCAAGAUUUAGUUAUUCGACAAAGAAAGUUUUGUACCGAGGAACUUAUAGAGAGACACGAGACUGUGUCAGAAAGUAUCGAUGUACAGUUAAAACUAGUUUUGUCUCUAAUCAAACAAUCACCAAAUAAAAAGCAAGCUUUAGAAUCAUUUAUUAAUCUACUCAAAAGACUCUUUCAAAGACAAUCAACAGAACUGCAAGAACUUCAUUCGGGUAAUAACUUUGAACAAAACAAAAGUCAGCAGAUUUGCUCAACGCUUCAGUCUGACCUAGAUCAACUGCUGUCUCAAAUACCAAAGAUAUUUGAUGAAGUAAGUGAUGUGUCAACAGAUGUGGAAGAAUCUGUUGAAACCUUAUCUACGCAGGUAGCAGACAUGUUACUUCAGAAAUCUGUUACCAAAGGAUGGUUAACAUACAUUUGUCAUUUAAAUCAAUCUGGUAGUGUACCAGUUGUAGUUGAGGUAGAAAACCAGUCCAUUGAUGGACACUCUCAGGCUCUUAGUCAAUCUCUAAUGGAUGAAGCUACAUCAAAGCAAACUUUAUCUGUUGAGUUGAAGUCUCAAAACAAGGAGUCUGAAAAGUUAACAAACUUUGUGAAUGCUCUUCCUGAUAUUGGCUUGUUCAAUCCUGAAAAUAUGGAUUCUUAUUCAGAAAAUUUAGUAAGGGAAGCCAUAUUUCAAUCACAGUUGACCUACUUGACCUUCAAAAUGAAAUUAGAACAUGAGCGACAAAUGAGAGACUUGAAAAUCAAACUAGAAUCUGGUCAGAAAGUUGCAUUGACUUCUGUAAUAAGUAAAGAUUCAGAAGGUGAUAUUCAGUCUUCAUUAUCUGUGUUUGAGGAAAUAUUAGAGACCAAAUUUGAAGAUGAAUGUGAAGUUCUCAGCAAUUUGGAUAAGGAACUUAAACAAUUACAGUCAAUCACAAGUGAUAAUCCUGAACUUAGUAAAGAGUUAACAAACUUUGCUGCCAUGUUUGAUCAUGAGCUUUCUGUGGCCCAAGAAAGACAUGAUAUACAUUUAGAUGUACUGCGACAAGAAAUGACAGCCAUUUGUAUCAGAAUGGAGACUGUGGCUGAAAGCAACGAACAAGAAAAAGAAUCUUUGAUAUGUGAAUAUGAGGAUCGUAUAAAGAGAAUGCAGGAUGAAUUGGUGUGUGUGAAGAUCGAUCACGAGGAGGAGUUAGAACAAGUUAGGCAGGACAUAAUGACAGCUGUAUGUGCCAUCAAAGCUAAUGAAGAAGAGGAGCCAGAGCACAUUAAACAUAAAAUGUUACAACAUAAACAUGCUGUUUUGAUAUUAUUAGAAGACAUACAGUCAUCACUGGGAGGUGUCAACAAUGAUUUGGUAAAGAAACUGAAAGAACAAAUAGAGGAACUCAAAUCAGUAUUCCUGACCAUUGAGGAUCCAACAGAUGAUCCAGCUGCAGUUAUGUCCCCUGUUGCCAAAGAUGGAGAUGUUUACCCAGACAGAAGAAUAUCUGUCUCAGCAUCUAACUUAGAGCCUCCUGGUACCCCAGGUCUGGAUAUAUCUCACCAUGAACAUGAACUGGAACUUCUCAAGAAACAAAAAGAUGAUGCUCUUGCAGAGGAAAUUAAAACUACAAAAGCCGCUUUGGAUGCCAUGAGAAAGGCAUAUGAAGAAGAUUUGGAAGAAGAGAAGCAAAAAUACAGAGAUGCUCUGAAAUCUAUGUUUACUGAUGAUUUUGUGGAAGAAAUAAGGAGACGUCAUGAGACUGAAAUGAGUAAAACAACAGAAGAAUUGAAGCAGUUAAGAUUACAUUAUGAUUCAAAAUGUGAAGAUUACAAAGUUUUAGAAUCUAAGAGUGGAAAUACAAAGGCAGCUUAUGAAACUCACAUUAAACAUCUAACAACCAGCAAUCAACAAUUGAACGACCUUGUAAAUGAGGAGAUAGGAAAGUUAAAGGACUUCAUAAAGGACAGAACUAUGGCCACUGUGCCAGGAAAUGCUACCAUAGAAGAAGAACUAUAUGAUGCUCAGAUAAUGGUAAGAGUAAAGGAUGCUGAAUUACAGAAACUACGAUCACAAACAAAGAAUUUACAGAACAGUUUGGAUAGAAGUUCUGAGGAACAACGUGUUAGCAUGACACAAUAUUUCCAACUAAAUAAGAAAUACCAGGAGUCCCAGAAACAGUUAAAAGAAAUAUUAGAAGAGAAACGCCAAGAGGAAGCUAAAUCAUCAAGAUCCUUGCGUAGAGCUCCAUCCUUUCACCAUCGUGCUAGAAGUCCCAGUCCCCAGCCUACAACUUCUCCUAAUAAAAAGGAUGCUGCUGAACAUCAUAGUAGAGAUUCACAUCGAAGGAGACAUAUUGAUGCCAGAGACUUAAAAAGAUCAAAAAGUAGUCCCUCUAUUCCAUAUGUAUUUGAUGGUCGCCCAGUUGGAAGUCUUGGGAAAAGCAAAGAUUUGAAGAAAUUAACUAGAUCUCCUAAAUCCUGAAGAGAUUGUUUGUUCAGCAAAAGAGACUAUAAAAAGUUGUACUUUGUGGAAAAAUCUUUAUGCCCAUUUCAUGCCAAAACAUAUUUGUCUUCCUUUAAAUUAUUUUUGUAUCACAUAAAGACCAUUAGAUGAAUCUUCCAAUAUGAAAUGGUUAGAGCAAAAAAUUACUGCCAAUCAUUUAUCUACCAUUAGAUGAAUCAUUACAGUUUUACCUGCAAUAUUUUGACGAGAAAAUGUUGGAUGAUUUUUUUCUCACAUUUGAUCAACCAUACAGUCCAUAGCCGUACAAGUUUCUUAUGCCUUAUGUUUAGAAAAUAUUUACAAAUUUAGUUGUCAGCUGUAAAAUUUUGGACAAUAAUUGUAAUUCCAUAGGUUGUUUACAAAACCUGAGUACAAAAUGAAAUGUUGUUUGAGUACAGAUGCAAGAUGUUUUUCAAAAAUGUACAAAUUGAAAAAAUAGGAAGAACAUUGUCUGACAUUGUAAAAUUAAGCUUGGAAUAUCCACAAAACUGGAAACUUUUCAAACAUUUUUGUUUUUAAGGUUUUUGGAUAAUGAUAGGUUGUUAAUUGUUAGGUUGUAAAAGUUUAAGACAACGAUUCACAAAUAACAAUACUGGAAAAUAUUUUAUAUAUAUAUUAAAAGGAUUUGUAUAAAAAUCAAACUUUUUAGUUAUAUAUCGAUUGUUCAAUAAUAAGUUUUGUCAUGGGAUUUUUUUAUUGUAUGAAAAAGCUGAAGUCUUAUAAAUUAUUUUUUUUGUCUCUGGUUCAAUUAGCUGUUAUAUACCACUCUCAAGCUGUAUAAUAAAGAAAAGGUUUGUAAGUUGUUUUUAAAACCGAAACUUAAAAAUUCAGAACGGUCAUGCAUAUUAAUUAUGGUAUUUGACAUGUGAUCAUGUUUAUUAUAAAUAUGCCAUCCAGUGAAAAAACUGAUUUGCACUUAAAAACAGUAAUAAAAGGUACACAAAUUGAUAUAACUAAAAGUAAGAUUUAUUCUAGAAGUUUAUAUCUACUUAUUGUUUUAUUCUUUUUUUCUCACAGAAUUGCUAAUUAAAUUAAAUGCAUACCUAAAUAACCAGCGCUUUAUAAAGCUACUGUAUACUUAACUAAGAUUAAUAUUUUUUGCACUAUGACAAAAGUCUUUAACAGGACUGAACCAUUGCAGGUGAUGGGCAAUUAACCAAAAAUUAGGGUGGAAACAUCAUAUAUACUUAUUAAUAUAUUACAUAUUUUGAUAUUGCUUUUGAUGUGAAUUGUGAUAAUUAACCAGUGUAAUAUCAAUACCACAUAGAUCUGUUGCAUAUUAUAUUAUGUAAUACCAUAUCCUAGACACCUUUACAUAGAAGUAUUAUAUUGAAGUUAAUCAUCUUCUGUAUUUAGUACCAUAUGCUAAUCAUGUAUUAUAUUGAAGCUUAUCAUCCCCUGUGAUCUUUAGACAAGUCUUUAUAGCAAAUUGUAAAUGGAGUCUGCAAUACAAAGUUGUCCAUAUUGUAAAUGGAGUCUGCAAUACAAAGUGGUCCAUAUUGUAAAUGGAGUCUACAAUACAAAGUGGUCCAUAUUGUAAAUGGAGUCUGCAAUACAAAGUGGUCCAUAUUGUAAAUGGAGUCUGCAAUACAAUGUGGUUCAUAUUGUAAAUGGAGUCUGCAAUACAAAGUGGUCCAUAUUGUAAAUGGAGUCUGCAAUACAAAGUGGUUCAUAUUGUAAAUGGAGUCUGCUAUACAAAGUGGUCCAUAUUGUAAAUGGAGUCUGCAAUACAAAGUGGUCCAUAUUGUAAAUGGAGUCUGCAAUACAAAGUGGUCCAUAUUGUAAAUGGAGUCUGCAAUACAAAGUGGUCCAUAUUGUAAAUGGAGUCUGCAAUACAAAGUGGUCCAUAUUGUAAAUGGAGUCUGCAAUACAAAGUGGUCCAUAUUGUAAAUGGAGUCUGCAAUACAAAGUGGUCCAUAUUGUAUAUUGUCAGAUAUGAAACACAUGUUUUCUUGCAUUUGGUCAGUUGCGAGGAGAAUUCAGAAGAAGAUUUGUAACAUUAUAUAUAUAAAUAUAAUUGUUUUGUAAAGAGAAUCAUUAGGGGGUGGGAGUACUUUAUAGAAAUUGAGUUGUCUUUCUUUUACAAGAAAAAAAAGAAAAAAACCUAAUUAGUCUUACUUUUUUGUUAGGAAGAAUUAUUUAAAAAUUGGUAGCUGCCAAUAUCAAAAUUACCUUUGGUAACAUUUAUGUCAAAAAUAAACCUCAGUUUUGGUGUUAUGUAUGAGUAGCAUUGCUUCAAACUGCUUCCCAUUCUUUGAAAUAGUUUUUACUAAAACUUAGAAUACAUCUGACAAAUCACAAGACAAUAUUAAUUAUUUUUUAGAAUAAAGUGUGUCUUCUUAACCCUUUUCAUGUUACCUUUAUGCGUGCGUGUGCGGAUAAUAGUAAUAUGCAUGUAGAUUUUAUAUGAAAUUUGUUCCAUUUAAAAUCCUUCAUGUAUAUCAAAUCAAUGUUUUAAAGUUCUUUGUUCAGUGUUACUGAAUUAUAUGUGUUAAUCAUUGAUCUAAAAAGUACCAAAUCUCUCAUCUUCUCAAUUUUUUCAUGUAUUUUAUGAUUCCAUUUAAAUGAUUUAAAGACUUGUAAGUGUAUACAUACCUACAUGUAUGUGCAUUAGUGUGUUGUUUUUGUUAUAUGUUUAUGGGUUGUGUGUAUAUGUAACCAUGACAAUUAAUCUGUCCAUUAUUUUACACCAUAUCAUAUUUUUUUAUAGAUAUUGUGAUCGUACUAUAUAUAAUCAUGUGUAAUAUAUAUGAUUAUUGUGCCUUUUUAUUCAGGAAUCUAGCUAGAAGUUUAUUAUUUAACCCUUGAAUGUGAAUUGUUUUGUUACAAAAUAACAAUUAAACAAGACUGUUAAUUUUGUCUUACAAAAUAACAACUAAACCAGACGAUGGAAUAUAACCAAGAUGAAGUUGGUUUUUAGUGUAUAGUAUAGAAAACCAAACAUGUAUAUUCAUUAUAGGAUUUUUGAAGUCCCUUUGUAGAUGUUUAAAAAAUAAUGAAAAGCUAAUGAUCUUGUACUUAAUAUACUACCUAUUAAUUAUCAAAUACAGAUUUGUUUAAAAAUUAUGACAAAAAUUAUGUCAACAAAUUAUUAGAGAAACCAGUUAUUUACAAUUUUUUUUAGAAGUUAUAAGUUUUCAUUCACAUAAAAAUUAUUGAUAUUUAUAUUUACCUUUUGUUACCAAUAUAAAACAGUUAUUUAGUAAUAACCAAUGUAUAUCUUCAUUGCUACAACCAUAACUGGCAUGGUCUAACAUUUGAAAUGAGUUUUGGUGCAGACUUCCAUAUGAAUAAGGUUUGCUUUUAUAUAAGCGAGAAAGGUUGUUGUUUACAAAGUUAUCUGUUGUUGUAGUACGUUGAUGUGAACAAAGAUUUGUUAGUCAGUGCUAAAGUAAACAUAUUUAUUGAAAGUUUUAAAUUAAAAACAGAUAUUUGUGGGUUGGGUAAUAAUUUUAAAGUCUUUAACCAAUUUACAGCCAAAUAUUUAUACAAUACCAUUUUUAUAUUAAAAUUAAUUUAAUAUUUA